AUGAGUAAUGUCCGUGGACUAAAUGCUCCGGACAAACAUCGGCUUUUUUCUUCUUGGCUUACUACUUUUAAACCCCUUUUUGGCGCUAUUCUAGAAACUCAUAUCAAAGAACCAAACUUGAACCACAUUAUGAAUCUUACCUGUCCAGGAUGGAAUUUUGUCUCCAACCACCAAUCAGACGAUGACGGGAGAAUUGUUAUCAUCUUCAAGCAGCCCAAGCAGUUUCUAACCUGCCAUAUUACAAUCCCAGGAGGUCACUCUUUCUUCUUCACUGCGGUUUAUGCUUCGAACCUUUGUGCAGAACGAACUGGCCUUUGGUGCGAGCUCAUCCACAUACAGCACUCGCUCUCUCUUGGUAACUGCCUGUGGGUUGUUUGUGGAGACUUCAAUCAGAUUACUCAUCCGCUUGAACAUUCAGAUCCUGCAGUGGAUCAUAUUACAUCAGAUAUGCUGGAAAUGAGGGACUGUAUGAUGCAAUUAGAUCUCUUUGACCUGAGAUACCAGGGACCCACCUUCACUUGGACUAAUAAGCAGCCUGCUGAUCCCUGCGCGAAAAAGCUUGACAGACUCCUAGUUAAUAAUCACUGGUUAUCCAACUACCCGGAUAGUGCUGCUUCUUUCUUAGCUCCUGAUUUCUCAGAUCAUGCCCCUUGCCUCUUAAAUCUCGCUUUUCCCCUUCCUUUGGCAGGGACAAAACCCUUCAAAUUUUUCAAUCACCUAACCAAACACCCCUCCUUCCUCCCACUGAUUGAAAACGCUUGGAUCCAAGCCGGAGCUUCUCUGCAUCAGGGAACAUGUUUGUCAUUGUUGUGUGCAAAGCAAAAAACACUAAAAAGAGAGCUCAUAAUCUUAACCAUGGAAAUUUUUUCCGAUAUUCAGAAACGUGUGAGAGAGACUAACGAUUUACUUAUAUCUGUGCAGGGCUUGUUAUCUCUGAUCCUCAAGAAAUGUGCAACCUUGCUGUUUCUCACUUCCAAGGAAUUCUUGCCCCUGCUUCCAUGGACCCAAUCACUCAUCAAAGAUAAGAGAGAAGGGGGAUUAGGAGUGAGAGACUUACUAAACUGGAACAAAGCGUGCCUCUUCAAGCUUAUUUGGAUGAUAUUCUUCAGGGGAGAUUCGAUUUGGGUCUCCUGGUUCAGGAAAGAGAUAUUGUCUGACUUUUUAGGCAACUUUUGGACUCAAAAACCAAAUCAAAGAUUCUCGUGGUUAUCAAAUAAAAUGCUCAAGUCAAGAGAAGAAGUGUACCCUUGGAUUAAAUUAAAGGUGGGGAAUGGAGUCUCUUGUCGCUUCUGGGAAGAUAAUUGGAGCUCGUUGGGAAGAUUAUCUAGCUUUUUGGGGAUGGAGGGUCCACGCCAGGUGGGAAUAACAAGAGAUGCGAGGUUGGCAGACUUGUGGCGUCAGGGAGCUUGGAGUUUACCUCCAGCUAGAUCGGAGAAACAAGUAACUAUCCAACUCCAGCUAACGUUGAUACAACUCUCCUCUGAAACCGAUGAUGUGUAUGAAUGGUGGAUUGAUGAUGUGAUAAAGCAGAAGCACAACACUGGCAGUAUAUACACGGCACUAAGGGAGCGCUUACCGUCGGUUCCUUGGUACGGAAUAGUCUGGACCUCUCGAGACCCCCUCUGUCUUCUAUGUGCUUCAACGGAUGAAUCGCGAGACCACCUCCUCUUUCAGUGCCCUUAUAGUUGGGAAAUCUGGACCUCAAUCUGUCAUCGUUGCUCCCAUACCCCUCACCAUACUUGGUCUGAUACUAUUGCUGAUCUCUGCAACUUUUCGGGAAAUAGACAUAAAAAACACCUUCUUCUGAUAGCUUGGCAAGCGACAAUUUAUACAAUCUGGUUGGAGAGAAACAAUCGACUUCACAGAAACAACUACUGCUCAGCUAAUAAUCAGAUAGAUUGA